AUGGAGAUUAACACCGUAGCAAUCUUGAGUCCCGGCGAUAUGGGCCAUGCCGUUGGUCAAAGAUUGCGGGAAAAUGAACUUGACGUAAUAACGUGCCUUGCCGGCCGCAGUGACCGCACGAGGGCCCUGUCCGACAAGGCAGGCAUUCGCGACGUGGCAACCAUGGAGGAGCUGGUCGCGCAGUCUGACCUGAUAAUGUCCAUGACCGUGUCGGCGGCUGUGCCCAGCCUGUGCCGGGAGGUAGCCAGCGCAAUAAACGCCACCGGAACCGACACUCUUUUCGCUGAAUGUAACGCCAUUGCUCCUCAACUAACCAGGGAAAUGGAGCCGAUUAUCACUGACGCAGGUGGCAGGUUUGUUGACGUAUCGAUAAUUGGAGGACCUCCCAGGCCGGGAUACAGCCCUCAUUUUUACACUUCAGGUCAGCAGGCCUCCGAGUUCGAGCAACUAAGCGACUAUGGAUUGACCGUUAUUAAGCUGGAUGGCGAGGUUGGGAAAGCCUCCGGCAUCAAGAUGUGUUAUGCCGCGAUGACCAAGGGUUCCUGGGCUCUGUAUAGCGAGUUGCUCAUGGCCGCCGAGUUGAUGGGAUUGACCGAACCGCUGUUGGAAGAGUUCCAGUCAGGCCAGUCCAGUGUGCUGCAACGGAUGGAGCGUACCAUUCCGACGGUGCCACCCCGUUCCCGGCGCUGGGUCAGCGAGAUGGAGGAGAUCCGGGACACCUUCGCUCACUUGGGGAUGACGCCUCACCUGUUUGAGGGAGUCGCCGAAAUGUACCGUUUUAUGGGCGGCACUCCGCUUGGCGAGGAACUCCCGGAAACCCGAGACCGUGACAGGACUUUUACAGAAACUAUCAGUCAGUUGGCCGGUUACGUUCGUGAGCGGGCGAAUGGGAGUGAAGCUUAG